AUGGCCUAUCCACCGACGACGGCGCCUCCGAUGCGCCACGACGACGACGACGACGUCCACUACGAGGUCAAGACGCCCCGCGACGACAGCCAGAGCACGGUCAGCGUGCUUGUCGACGCACCGCCACCGGCGCCACCGGCGCCCACCCACUCGCUCUCGUACCGGCCCGACAUUGACGGUCUCCGCGCCCUCGCCGUGAUCCCGGUCGUGCAUUCCCGGCGGCUUUACCGGCGUCGACAUUUUUUUGUCAUUUCCGGGUACCUCAUUUCCGGCAUCCUCUUCAAGGAGACGCGCCAAGGCAAGUUUACGUACGCCAACUUUUACAGCCGGCGCAUCCGGCGCAUUUUUCCGGGGUUGAUCCUCGUGCUCACAUUUACGAUCGUCGCCGGGUGUCUCUGGUACCUCGAGGAGGCGCUCGUGAGCAUGGCCAAGACGCUCGCGGCCGGCACGGUCUUUGGCGCCAACAUUCAAGUGCUCUUGCUCAAGCAAACGUAUUUUUCGUCGAGCGUCAAGGAAGACCCGCUCCUGCAUCUCUGGUCGCUCGGCGUCGAAGAGCAAUUCUACAUCUUUUGGCCGUUCGUCGUUGCGCUCCUGGCCAAGCUCCCGGCCAAGGCCGCAGUGGCCGGCCAGGUGGUCAUUUUGGUCGCGAGCUUCGCGCUCAACAUUUCGAUGCUCGGCUACGACGGCAACAACAACUGGUCGUUCUACUUUCCAUUCUGCCGGUUCUGGCAAAUGGCCAUGGGCGGUCUCCUCGCCUACAUGAGCCUCGACCCGUCCGUGCCUCGCCUCUCGUCGGUGUCGCCGGUCGGUGCGACGGCGGUCGGCGCGGUUGGCUUGGCGCUCAUUGUCGUCGGUUUUGUGUGCAUUGACGAAUCGAUGGCCUUUCCCGGGUAUUGGUCGCUGCUCCCGACGGUCGGCGCCGCCCUCUUGAUCCUCUCCGGACCUGACACGCCGCUCCACCGAUGGACGCUCUCGCUGCGCCCGGCCAUCUUUAUUGGUCACAUCAGCUACGCGCUGUACCUCUGGCACUGGCCGCUGCUCGUUUACGCCAAGGCUCGCUUUCCCAAUGACGCGCUUCGCCCGUGGUUCCAGUCGCCGUACAUGAUGAUGGUCUACUCGGUCGCCGCGAGUGUGUUCACCUUGUAUGGCGUCGAGAAUCUUCUGCGCCGCCGCAAGCACAAGCUCGUCGUGCCAUGCCUCUCGCUCUGCAUGGUGAUUCUCUUCGUGCUGGGGCUCGUCAUGACGCACUAUCCCACGACGUUUUCGGUGCUGUCGCAGCCCAAGCCGAUCUCGUCCGGUCCGAUUCUGACGCCGGUCGCGACACACACCAAUGGCACCGCAGCCGAAGUGCCCAACAUGAGCAAGCCGCCCAUGUACGAAUCGCCGACUGUCGCCAAGAUCCUGGCCGCCAAAGGCGACUUCCAGCCGGACGGACCGGAAUUUCACACGGUCGACGCUGGAUCGCCGUACAUCCCGACGUCGGAAAACAUGAUUUUGAACAUGGGCCAAAAAGACAAUCUUGUGAUCGUUUUUGGCGACUCGCAUGGCCACAUGCUCAAGCCGCGCUUCUCGUACCUCUACCGCCAAGCCGUCAACAAGUCGGCGCCGUUCCCGACCAUUGUCUUCAAGACGCGCAACGGCACGCCACCGCUUGGAUGCACCCCGGGGCACGCCGACGUGGUCGCGAUGAUCAAGCAGGUCAAGCCCAAGGCGGUCUUUUACGCGACCGACUGGCCGCAGUGGAUUCGCCCGAACGCGGGCGCGGCCGACCACGGCACCGCGCCGCAGUGCUGCACCCCGGGGUACGUCGACGCGUGCAACAACCAGAGCCCCAAGGACGCCAAGCAGCUCCUUGCGACCUUCCAGAGCGAACUCGCUGCGUUCACGGCCCUCGGCAUCAAGGUUUUUGUCGCGACGUUGAACCCGGAAGGCCCCGCGUUCAACUUUGCCAACAUGCUGAAUGGCAACAGCGUCGGUGCGGUCGCGCCCGUGAGCAAGUCGGCGUACAAGGCCGCGCACGCCGAGCUGAUUGCGAUGGUCGAAGGCGCGGUCAAGGCCGUGAAUGGAACCAUCAUUGACUACACCGACAACCAGUGCUGGAAGGACGACUGCAACGUCGUCUCGAACGUCGGCGAGCCACUCAUGCGCGACAACGAUCACUUUCGCCCGGCGUACGUGGCGAGCUACCUCUCGGUCGUCGACCAAGUCGCCAUCGCAGGCCUCAGCAACGCGACGUCGGUCAAGAACUGGUAGAGCGUUUUUCACUAUUUAGAUAUUCUUUAUGAAAUAAUUUCGUUUCAAAUGGCAAAGUGCCGUUCAAUUGGGC